AUGAAACAAAGCUGCACAUCAGGUGCAUCUGCCCACCUGCACCUCCUAUCAUUUCAGGCGUUCAUCAUUGAGUCCCCUCCAACGUCUCUCCCAAGUCACCUGCCUUGUCCCAUCUCAGCUACCCUUCUUUCGGUGCUCUAUUUCAACCGCGCUCGGUGUCCUUGUCUUAUUUUCCUCUACCUACGCCGUUAUGAACCCUGA